AUGGCGGCCUUCCACAGUCUGCCGUCAGAACUCCUACUUCCAAUACUCACGCCGUUGCCGGAGAGUAGCCUCGUACGAUGUGCAUCUGUCAAUCGUAAUUGGAAUGCGUUCGCGACUCCGCUUUUGUACAGGCGCGUCGCCGUCUACCGCUGGCAGCGCUAUGCGAAGACCAGGGCGGUAUCACUUAUGCAAACUCUUGCCCAACGAACAGAAGUCGCUAGAUGGGUGAAGCGUAUUGAUGUACUAGACUUCUAUGACGGCUUCGAAAACGAGUUAAGGCAAGAGGAGGAGCAAGAUGCGGUAUUUCAAUGCUGCGCGCAGGGACUGGCGAACUGUGUGAACCUCGAGUCUUGUACAUGGCAGGUACACAAUGCAUUAACAAGCCAAAUACUCAUCGCUCUCGCGAGCUUGCCCCGACUUCAGAGGCUUGAGAUCAAUGCACAUCCAGGCACUUAUGAACCUGCCGACCUCAUCCGUGUGCGGCAGAUUCGAGCACUCAGGCUGACGAUGCCAGACAAGGCUGCCAUCGAUGUCCUGUUACGAUGGUUGACAGCGAUGUGUGUAGAGGGUACAGACGAGGAACGAGGAACAGAGAUUGGUCUCCACGAGCUUAAGAUCAUAUGCCAGUCAACAAAUUACUACAUCGGAAGCAAGCAGCUCACCAAGCUCGCACCGUAUCUCACGCAACUCAAGUCUCUUCAUCUUCGCGACUGUCCGAACGCAGAUCAUAUCGGUGUUUACACUAUAUUACGGGGAUGCUCUUUCAGGAUGGAGGAUCUCUGUCUGGAGAGGAUUAGCCCUGAUUUCGACCUGAAGGAGCUGGCAACGGGACUCAAACUGCCGAGGCUCAAGUCACUUACGCUCACGCUGCCUGCCCCACCUUCACCGCCCCAAGUGUUCUUCGAUGCGAUACUAGAGUUGACCGCCGAGUCUCCGUUGACAGCACUAUCUCUCUCCCUAUCUGCAAACCACUCGCUGUACGCAUACGGUCCUGCCCCCAGCGACUGCGAGUUCAGCGCAUCAUUCGUACGCAGCCUUGCGCGUAGACAUGCACAAACACUUAGGGAGAUCGUGAUUAUCCGGUUACCUACACCGUUGGAAGCUGUGGAGGUGCUUGCAGCUUAUUGUCCGAAGCUCGAGGUAUUGAUUAUACCUGGAGAAGAAUUCGACUGGCCGCGUCUGGGAGAAGCGAUCUCCGCGAAAUCGCUUCCAUUUCUACGCAAGCUACACAUGUCCUUUCCCAUCGACCCCUUAAUUCGCCUAAUCACGACGCACGAGCUCAUCCCGCUUUCGAGACUAAGAGACCUUGCAGAAACGUGUUCCUCUACGCUGAAACACAUCGGCGAAUUCCACGAGGUUUAUGAGGUGGUGCGCAGGUGGGACCGGGAGACCGACACGACGUCUGUAGUUCUAGAACAGCGGACUGUCAUUCCUGAAGGAUAUCGGACUGGCCUUCUUGAAGCAUAUCGGACGAUGUGGCCUUGAGGGAAGUUAUUGGAACUUGGGAGGCAAGGAGGUGCCGCACCAUCGUCAUAAGACUGAGCUCGCCCUCCAUGUAGCUUACUUAUGCUUCGAGCAUACCACACUUUCCGGGGAAUUGCAUGGACUGCCAGGCACCCAGAGGCCGAAGGAAAUUGACUCGAAAUGCCUGUAAACUCUACAUCAACAGGUAAAGAGAGCGUUCACUUCAGCCUUCCGAGGGUGGU